GGGGUGACCGCCUCGCCUGGACUCCCCAGCCCGCGCUCCUCCCCUCGGCGUGGACGAGGACGGGGAGGAGCAGGGCUCCCGCGGUCACGCCGCGACGGGGAAGACUAAAACAUGGCAGGCAGCUCUGCGCCGGGAUGCUGUAGCUGCGCAAGGUGAAGGACAGACUGACAGUCACGGGCAGAGCCACGGCAGUUAUUUCUCUGCCUGAAGCAAGGGAGGCCGACGCUUUGGCGAGCCGAAGAGCACGGUCUGUGGGGAAAGAGACGUUUGUCGGACGCGAACAUCCCCCGGCUGCGGUGAGGGGAGAGGAGCCGCUGCCACAGAUCGAGCACACUUCUGGAGGGAAAAAUACCGCUCUGGUUUGGUGUCUAAUCAGAUAUUUACCAGGAAGGAAGGAAAGUUAAAAAUAGGGUGACAGUGACUUCAAAGGGUGUUUUUGACUUCUAAGAAUAACACCUUUGCUGGCGCUGAUUUCAGGAAUAUCAGUUGGGUGCGAAAGACGGAGGAGACGUUGCAGCUCAGUCGGUAGCUAAGGGAGCAAACCUGGACCCCCCGACCCGGCCCCGCAGGAGCAGCUAAGGAGGGGACGUUUGCAUCGCUGCGAGGGCCCGUGGAGAACUCAACUGCACCCGUGGGGACCCAGCGGAGGGGGUUUGGGGAAGAAGAAGCCGCCGGUACCCCGGCGCGGGUCGGAGGGGACGUGUGGCAUCAUGGGGACGCCCUCUCCGCGGGCGGUGCUGGUGCUCGCCGCGGUGCUGGCAGGGCUCUCGGCUCCCCGCGCGGCGUACGGGCAGCCCAACUUCAUUGUCAUCCUGGCAGAUGACGUGGGCUGGGGGGAUCUGGGGGCCAACUGGGCAGAGACGAAGGAGACCCCGCAUUUGGAUGAGUUGGCUGCCGAAGGGACAAGGUUCGUGGAUUUCCACUCGGCUGCGUCCACUUGCUCCCCAUCCCGUGCCUCUCUGCUCACGGGGCGUCUCGGCGCACGCAAUGGGGUGACCCACAACUUCGCCGUCACGUCGGUCGGCGGCCUGCCCCUGAAUGAGACCACCCUGGCCGAGGUCCUGCGGGAGGCUGGGUACAGCACAGGGGCUAUAGGCAAAUGGCACCUGGGACACCACGGCCCCCAUCACCCCAGCUUCCGCGGUUUCGACUACUACUUCGGGAUCCCCUACAGCCACGACAUGGGCUGCACGGACACCCCCGGCUACAACCUGCCGCCCUGCCCGCCCUGCCCGCGGCAUGGCGUGGCUGCCAGGGUGGCGAGGAAGGACUGUUACACGGAGAUCGCCCUUCCUCUCUUGGAGAACGUCACCAUCAUCCAACAGCCCGUCAACCUCAGCAGCCUGGCAGCGCGCUACGUGGAAGAAGCAGCGCGGUUCAUCCAGCGGGCGAGCGACAGCGGGCACCCCUUUUUCCUCUACCUGGCGCUGGCCCAUAUGCACGUCCCGCUGGGGCUACCCCCGCCGCCGCCCCCCGCCUUGGGCAGGGGCAUCUACGGAGCCUCCCUGAGCGAGAUGGAUGCCUUGGUGGGACGGAUCAAGCAGGUCGCUGACAGCCACGGAAAAGGCAACACGCUCCUGUGGUUCGCAGGUGACAACGGCCCCUGGGCACAGAAGUGCGAGCUGGCGGGACGCCUGGGGCCGUUCGUGGGGGCCUGGCAGAGGUGGCGAGGCGGGAGCUCGGCGAAGCAAACGACCUGGGAAGGAGGGCACCGGGUGCCGGCACUGGUGUACUGGCCCGGCCGCAUUCCUGCCAAGCGGACGAGCCACGCUCUGCUCAGCACCCUGGACAUCUUCCCUACGCUGGUGGCCCUGGCUGGGGCUGAGCUUCCCCCGAACAGGCGCUUCGAUGGCUUGGACGUGUCCCCGGUUCUCUUUGGGUGGUCGGAUGUGGGGCACAAGGUUCUGCUGCACCCCAACAGUGGGGCAGCUGGGAAGGACGGUGAGAUAGAGACGCUACGGCUGGCUCAGUACAAGGCGUUUUACACCACAGGAGGGGCGAUGGCUUGCGAUGGGAGCAUCGGGCCGGCUGAGCAUCACCAGCCACCCCUCAUUUUCAAUCUGGCUCGUGAUAUCCAGGAGCAGGAGCCUUUGGACGUGGCAUCCCGAGAGUAUCAGGCAGUGCUACCUGCAAUCAGCAGGGCUUACGCCCAAGCUCUGGAGGACAUUGCAACAGACAACGUCUCGGUUGCAGAUUAUUCCAAAGACCCGGCCGCGACCCCCUGCUGCAACGCGCAGCACGUGGCCUGCCGAUGCCAAGCACCCGGGUCUCACGCAGCCGUGCUGGACCGUCGCACGGAAAGAAGAGCAACAUGGCUUUGUCUUUAAGCAAAUAAUUGCUCAGGCUGCUCCUU